CGAAUGUUACUAUCCAUUCCCAAUCAGAUUUGCACGAAACUUGUUAGCAAUACUGUAAUUUCGUGCGGAAGGUGAAAAUUAUUUUUAAUUACGAUAAAUGCUGCUUGCAAAAUAGGAAAAAAAUUCUCGCAAUCGAUGGCUGACAGCUGGCGCUACGCAUUGUAAACGAGACUGUAGGACGGGAUUGUAGCGUACCGGAAUUCAUAAUUUUACCGGAAGUUUACAAAUUAGGUCUAUGAAAAUAAAAAGCAACUUCGUCACAAAGAAAAGAAACGGUUACGCAUUUGACUAGAAGAUAGAGGAGGGGACGAUUUGGAUUACGUCGUCGAGCACAAACGACGCUCUGCUCAUCAGUCAGUCGCUUGCGGUUCGUGAGCGAAGAGGUAGUGAUUAUACGUUGAUUAUGUCUGAAAUGUACAAACUAGGUGAUUUGGUAUGGGCGAAGAUGAAGGGAUUUUCACCGUGGCCUGGCCGGGUAUCCAUUCCUUCAAAGGAUUUGAAGAAACCUGGAAAUACUAAAAGAGGACCAGUACAAUGUAUUUUCUUCUUUGGAACUAAUAAUUAUGCAUGGAUAGAAGAAUCCAAUAUCAAACCAUACCAACAAUAUAAAGAUACUUUGGUAAAAUCAAGUAAAUCUAUCGCUUUUAAAGAUGCAGUGGAAGCUAUAGAAGAAUUUAUUGCCAAAGGAGAGGUUUUUGAAGAUGGGUUAGAUCCAGAUUCACUAUUUGAUAGACUGAAAGAAGAUACAUUAUCUACAGAAAAGAAAAUAGUAACAAAAAUACCGAAACCACGCAAGGAAACACCAAAAGCUAAGCGAUUAGAUAGUGGUGCCAGUGACACUCGUCGUCCAGCCAAAAAACAGCGCAGAGAAUCCAGUACAAGCAAUAGUAACAGAGUCGGUAGCAUUAGUCCUGCACUAAAUCAUUCUACUCCUACUAGGAAGUCAGGUUCAACUCUUCUGAACAGGCCAGCCAAUAUCACCAGACCAGUAACACCACCUCUCGAUGUUGAAACAUUAUCUCAAACACUCAAAGAGAAGAAUAUCCUUCCUUCGAAUUUGAAAUUUGGUUUCCUCGGUUUGGGAAUUAUGGGCAGCGGCAUCGUAAAAAAUUUGAUCAACAGUGGGCACAGUGUGAUAGUGUGGAAUCGAACGCAAGAAAAGUGUGCGGACUUUGUAAAGGCUGGAGCAGAGCAAGGAUUAACACCUUCGGAUGUCGUAUUGGCAGCUGACAUAACGUUUUCUUGCGUUGCUGAUCCACAAGCUGCAAAGGAUAUGGUUUUUGGUAACUGCGGCGUAUUGAUGGAAAUAUCCUCUGACAAGGGUUACGUUGAAAUGACAGGAAUAGAUGCGGAAACGUCACAGGAUAUCGCCGAGGCGAUAAACGCCAAGGGUGGCCGUUACCUUGAGGCACAAGUGCAAGGUAGCAAAACCCAAGCACAGGAAGGCACAUUGGUCAUUCUUGCGGCUGGAGAUCGUACGCUUUUCGACGAUUGCCAAUCGUGUUUCGAGGCUAUGGGUAAAAACAGUUUCUAUCUUGGCGAAGUUGGUAACGCGUCCAAGAUGAACCUCGUGCUUCAGCUAAUGGCUGGUGUAACAUUGGCGGGUCUUGCCGAGAGUAUGGCUCUUGCCGAUCGAGCGGGACUUCAACAGAAAGACGUUCUUGAGGUUUUAGAGUUAACCUCCCUAGCUUGUCCAGCGAUUCUUGACAAAGGAAAGGCCAUCAUCGAGGGUGGUUUCCCGACACAACUACCGCUCCAACAUAUGCAGAAAGAUCUUAGACUAUCGUUAGGAAUGAGCGAUCAGCUCGAACAACCUCUACCCCUCGCUGCAGCAGCGAACGAGGUUUACAAGCAUGCGAAACGCCUCGGUUAUGGGGAACACGAUGCAUCGGCUGUUUACAUCAGAGCCAGGUUCUAAGGGAGAACAACGUUGUCGGGCUUUUGCUAAGAUCAUAUUUAUUGCAAUACCUAACGUUGUUUCCCAGCGCUAAGAGAGAGGAUUAAUUAAGUGCGUCAAUUUGUCGCGAAAAUCGGUAAUGUCAUAUAUCGAGAUGGAAAUGGAGAAAGAGCCAAAUAUGAAGCAAGAGAGAGAGAGAGAGAGAGAGGGAG